AGAGGGGGCUGGGGACCCGCCCGCCCCGCCCGCUCGCGCCGCCGGCGGACAGCGGGUUAAGCAUCUCCGCGGUGGAACUUCCGGAUGUGACCACAGAGAGAGGGAGAGACCGGGAGAGGGGAGAGGAGACGAGCCGCCAGCAUCCCUCGGGCCCGCCGACGCCGGCCCGCGCGCCCCACCCCGCCCCCGGCCCGCGGGCGGACUGUCUGUCUCGGGCUGCGUGUCUGUCUCGGGCUGGUUCCGUCCUCCCAGGACCCGCGCAGGGACUGGGCGCCCCGGGGAGGGGGCCUCGGGCGACCCUCCCCCGCCUCGCGCCCCCGCUGGCCGGCAUGCGCCCCUGGCCGUGACCCCCGCGGGGCCGGGCGCUGGGGGUCCAUGCGCGCAGCCUGCUCCCCGCCCGGCGCCGGCCGCUGACGGCCGUGGGGGGGGUGGGGGAGCCGGGCACCCAGCCUCCUGCCCCACCCCCUGGCGUCGGCCCCACCGGCCACCCGGGCCGCUGGCCCUGGCUGCGCCCUCCCCGCUGGCCAGGCCCUGGAGGGACCCGGGAGCGGCCGCCGGCUUCAGCCCAUGGCCCGGAGGGGGCCCAAGAGAAGGCUGCGAGACAGGGCCCUCGGUCCCACCCAACAGCUCCAUGGACAUCGGGGCCAUCAGGAGGCAGGCCUUGGACACCUGGGGAACGGAAAGGCGGGUCCCCGGGCAGAGAGGGGGCAUCUCCUGGGUCCCCAGAUCGGGAGGUUUCUUGGAGGCACUGACGCCUCCUUGGGGCUCUCUCCCUCUUGCCUCCCCCCCCAGUACGAUGAGCUGCCUCACUACCCAGGCAUCGUGGAUGGCACCGCAGCCCUGGCUGGCUUCUCGGAGGCAGUGCCCACAGCACCGAGAGCCCCGGGGCCCUACGGCCCCCACCGGCCUCCUCAGCCCCCUCCCCCGGGCUUGGACAGCGAUGGCCUGAAGAGAGAGAAGGACGAGAUCUACGGACACCCGCUCUUCCCCCUGCUGGCCCUGGUCUUUGAGAAAUGUGAACUGGCCACGUGCUCACCUCGUGACGUGGCCGGGGCUGGGCUGGGCACGCCCCCGGGCGGCGACGUCUGCUCCUCCGACUCCUUCAAUGAGGACAUUGCCGCUUUUGCCAAGCAGGUCCGCUCCGAGAGGCCCCUCUUCUCCUCCAACCCGGAGCUGGACAAUCUGAUGAUCCAGGCCAUCCAAGUGCUCCGGUUCCACCUGCUGGAGCUGGAGAAGGUCCACGACCUGUGCGACAACUUCUGUCAUCGCUACAUCACCUGCCUCAAGGGAAAGAUGCCCAUCGACCUGGUCAUCGAGGAUCGGGACGGCGGCUGCAGGGAGGACCUCGAGGACUACCCGGCCUCCUGCCCCAGCCUCCCGGAUCAGACUAACGCAUGGAUUAGAGACCAUGAGGACAGUGGGUCUGUACAUUUGGGGACCCCGGGUCCAUCCAGUGGUGGCCUGGCCUCCCAGAGUGGGGACAACUCUAGUGACCAAGGAGACGGACUGGACACAAGCGUGGCCUCUCCCAGUUCUGGGGGAGAGGACGAGGAGCUGGACCAGGAGCGGCGUCGGAACAAGAAGCGGGGCAUCUUCCCCAAGGUGGCCACCAACAUCAUGAGAGCCUGGCUGUUCCAGCACCUCUCGCACCCGUACCCCUCGGAGGAGCAGAAGAAACAGCUGGCGCAGGACACGGGGCUCACGAUUCUGCAAGUCAACAACUGGUUCAUUAACGCCCGGAGACGCAUCGUGCAACCCAUGAUCGAUCAAUCCAACCGCACAGGGCAGGGUGCAGCUUUCAGCCCAGAGGGCCAGCCCGUGGGGGGCUACACGGAGACUCAGCCACACAUGACUGUGAGGCCGCCAGGGUCAAUGGGGAUGAGUUUGAACUUAGAAGGAGAGUGGCAUUAUCUAUAGACGCUGGACUCAAGAGAAGUACCCCAGCCUCCGGACCACGACCACCAGGCUCACACCUGGUUCUGGUUCCGCUUGGCCCUCUGGCUUCAGGACCCACCUCCUCCGGCCCCCUCACUCAACGCCUACCUCCCUGGGGCCCCGCCGGGACACGGGGGGCCUGAGCGCCCCCUUGAGGGCCUCUCAAGGACAAAGACAAGGCCUCCAGGCCCUGCGCCCCACUUCUGCCCUCACCUCCGCCCAGAACCUGAGCUGAGAUCCUGGGCCCGAGUCUUCGGAAGAUGGUGGCUGGGGGUCCCCCCGCCUCCAGGACAAGGAAGGGAUUGGAGGUGGGCUGGGGCCAUGAGGGACGGGGGUUCACCUGGACCCUACAUUUUGGAGACGUUCCCUUCAUCCCCCAGCCCGCCCCCCUCCCCUCUCCGCCUACCUCCCUUCUCUGAUGUCUUCUACUUUGUUUUUAACGAUAAAGUCU